UUCUGGAAGCCUCGCGGGGAUCCAGAGGGGCCUGGCAGGUCCUGGAGACGUUCUGGAGGUCCUGGAGACGUUCUGGAGGUUCUGGAGAUGUUCUGGAGUCCUGGAGGAGUCCUGGAGGUUCUGGAGACGUUCUGGAGUCCUGGAGGAGUCCUGGAGGUUCUGGAGAAGUUCUGGGGGUUCUGGAGGAGUCCUGGAGAUGUUCUGGAGGAGUUCUGGAGAUGUUCUGGAGGUCCUGGAGGAGUUCUGGGGGUUCUGGAGGUCCUGGAGGAGUUCUGGAGGAGUUCUGGAGGUCCUGGAGGAGUUCUGGAGGUUCUGGAGCAGUCCUGGAGGUCCUGGAGGAGUUCAGGAGGUCCUGGAGACGUUCUGGAGGUUCUGGAGAAGUUCUGGGGGUUCUGGAGGAGUUCUGGAGAUGUUCUGGAGAUGUUCUGGAGGUCCUGGAGACGUUCUGGAGAAGUUCUGGAGGAGUUCUGGAGGUCCUGGAGGAGUUCUGGAGUUCUGGAGGUCCUGGAGGGGUUGGAAUGGAUCCAGAGGUGCCCAUGGAACAGUUACGGAGGUCCUACAGGAGUUCUGGAGGUCCUGGAGGAGUUCUGGAGGUUCUUGAGGAGUCCUGGAGGAGUUCUGGAGGUUCUGGAGAUGUCCUGAAGGUUCUGGAGGGGUUGGAAUUGAUCCAGAAGGGUCCUUGGAGCGAUUCCAGGGGUUCUGGAGAAGUUCUGGAGGAGAUAUGGAUGGUUCUGGAGGUUCUGGAGGAGUUGGAAUGGAUCCAGAAGAGUCCUGGGAGCAGUUCUGGAGGUUCUGGAGAGGUUCAGAAGGUUCUGGAUGGUUCUGGAGGGGUUGGAAUUACUCCAGAAGUGUCCUUGGAGCAGUUCCAGAGGUUCUGGAGAAGCUCUGGAGGUUCUGGAGGAGUUCUGAAAGUUCUGGGAGCCUUGAAAUGGAUCCAGAGGGGUCCUUGGAGCAGUUCUGGAUGUUCUGGAUGGUUCUGCAGGGGUUGGAAUUACUCCAGAAGGGUCCUCGGAGCAGCUCUGGAGGUUCUGGAUAAAUUCUGGAGGUUCUGGAUGGUCCUGAAGGAGUUCUGAAGGUUCUGGAAGCCUUGGAAUGGAUCCAGUGGGGUCCUUGGAGUGGUUUUGAAGGGUCUGGAGAGGUUCUGGAGAAAUCAAGGAUGGUUCUGGAUGGUUCUGGAGGGGUUGGAAUUACUCCAGAAGGGUCCUCUGAGCAG